CUUCUGGAGCACACAUUGGAGGUGUACUGUAGUAAAUACUCAAUACUCAAAAAUCUGCAAGGGACGAGAUUCAUGCCACAUAUCCAGUUAAUCAAAUGGCAUGGGCCAGUCUUUGAAUUCAAUUGCCACAAACAUUAUUAAGGACAUCAUGACCCAGAGACAAACAUGCUUUUCAGCACAUAAAUUUUUUUGAAGAGAAAAGGUGAUAAAAAAAAAAAAAGUUAGAUCUCUGAACAAUACAAGCUUUUCUUAUCUGUGCCUUAUGAGCUAUUAUCUCCUGUCUUUUUUAUAAGAAACAAGUUUUAGUAUACUAAAACUUGUUUCUUAUAAAAAGGACCGGAGGGAGUAUUUCUAAUGAUGAAAUCCAAGCCAACAAUCUUAAGUACUUUUUCAGAUGCAAGAGAUCACUCCAUAAGAACCACCUCCAUUUGCUAGCCUAUAGCAGACAUGGAUUAUGAUUAUCAGCUGCUACAUGUAGUUGCACUGUUGACACUGAUAGCCUUUGGAGGCACAAGUUGGACUAUAGAAGCUUGCAGCCCCAACGAAUUGGAAGCUUUGAUGAGCUUCAAGAAUGGAAUACAAAAGGACACGUCUGGUCGCGUAGCUAAGUGGAUUGGUCAGAGCUGCUGCGAUUGGGAAGGAAUUGUGUGUGAAAAUGCAACCUCUAGAGUGACACAGAUCAACCUCCCAGGUUUCAUUUCCACAGAUACAGAUUUAUUUCAAACACAAAUGAAAGGGUUGAUUUCUCCUUCUAUAACACUUCUCACCUUUCUUGAAAUCAUUGAUCUUGGUGGCUUAGUUGGUCUUAGUGGAACAAUUCCACAAACCAUUGGUUUGCACCUGCCAAAGCUACAAAAGCUCUACCUUUAUGGCAACAAUUUAACUGGUCCAAUACCAGAAAGCAUUGGAGAGUUGCCAAACCUCCAAGAACUGGCUCUGCAGGAAAAUAGGCUAUCCGGGUUGAUCCCCGUGAGCCUUGGAAGCCUAAAGAGUCUCAAAAGGUUGCUGCUUUAUUCAAAUCAGUUUUCAGGUACAAUACCAGACUCACUUGGGAAUUUGAUGAAUUUGGUAGAAUUGGAUGUUCAUGACAAUGCUCUUAUUGGUAAUAUUCCAAAUAGUGUUGGUGAGAUGCAGGCUUUGGAAAAGCUUGAUCUUUCAAACAAUUUGUUAAGCGGGAAGAUACCUUCUUCAUUAACCAAUUUAACUGUCAUUUCUGUCUUGUACCUGAACACCAAUUAUCUUGAGGGAACCGUACCAUUUCCUUCAAGAUCUGGUGAAAUGUCUUCUCUGGGCUUCUUAAGACUACACAAUAAUCUCCUUGUUGGAAAUAUACCUUCCAAUAUUGGCUAUUUGGUAUCUCUUCAAAGAGUUUCAUUAUCAAACAACAAACUUGAAGGGGCACUGCCAUCUAGUUUAGGCAAUUUGGUAGCACUGACUGAGUUAUAUCUCAGUGGUAACUUCUUAUCUGACCAAAUACCAAAAUCAGUGGGCCAACUUUCUCAGCUCAUAAUGUUGAACAUAUCUAGAAAUUUGAUUGAAGGCCCGUUACCCCAAGAGAUGUCUUCCCUUCAAAAUCUUCAAACACUUGAUCUUUCUUUCAACCAUCUGAAUCUCUCUGCCAUUCCAAAAUGGAUAGAAAACAUGUCUUCACUUUCCAACAUUUACUUUGCUGGCUGUGGAAUACAGGGCCAAAUUCCAGAUUUUUUCCAAAGAACCAAUAGUCCAAUACAGGAACUGGACUUGUCAGUGAACUUUCUCAGUGGAAACAUACCAUCAUGGAUAGGAAGCCUCAAUCAACUCUACAAGUUAAAUCUCUCAAGGAACUCUCUUUAUUCAGACAUCCCUGACUCCUUUAGAAAUUUGCAAGAUUUAGGGAUCCUUGAUCUUCACUCAAAUAGGCUAGCAGGCACCAUAGCUUCAGCAUUUGACAUACAACAGGGUGUUUUGGGGGGAUCAUUGAAAUUUGUUGAUCUUUCUGCUAACAACUUCUCAAGUGGAAUUGAGGAAAUUGGUGGAGGGCAAUGUGGUAUUCAGUUUCUGAAUUUGUCUCAUAACCUUCUGAAAGGUAGGUUACCAAAUUCAAUUGGAAAACAGAAUUCACUUAAAAGUUUGGAUUUGAGCUUCAAUGAAUUAGGCUCCAACUUGCCAGAGGUGCUGGGAAAUUUAACCUCAUUGGAGAGAUUGAAGCUGCAGCAAAAUCACUUCACUGGCAAAAUUCCAAAUGAAUUUCUCAAGUUGUUAAAGCUGAAGGAAUUAAACUUAUCUAACAAUCUUCUUGAAGGGGAAAUUCCAGAGAGAAAACCUUUGAUUGACUUUCCUGAGAGUUCAUAUUCUGGAAAUAAAGGGUUAUGUGGAAAGCCCCUCAGUCCUUGUAAAGUUUGAGAAUUGUUAAAACUAUUAUUAUUCUGGCCAUAAUUCAGAAACAUUUGUUUUUUUCUUAGUUCAAAACCCGAUAACUUAUUUCAA